AUGGAGGUGGAUGUAUAUGAACACAAUGCCACUGUUUUUCAGGAAGUGAACUCUAGUGAGACGCAUGUGGGAGAAGAUGACAGCAUGGAGGUGGAUGUAUAUGAACACAAUACCACUGUUUUUCAGGAAGUGAACUCUAUUGAGACACAUGUGGGAGAAGAUGACAGCAUGGAGGUGGAUGUAUAUGAACACAAUGCCACUCUUUUUCAGGAAGUGAACUCUAUUGAGACGCAUGUGGGAGAAGAUGACAGCAUGGAGGUGGAUGUAUAUGAACACAAUGCCACUGUUUUUCAGGGAGUGAACUCUAGUGAGACACAUGUGGGAGAAGAUGACAGCAUUAAGGUGGAUGUAUAUGAACACAAUGCCACUGUUUUUCAGGGAUUGAACUCUAGUGAGACACAUGUGGGAGAAGAUGACAGCAUGGAGGUGGAUGUAUAUGAACACAAUACCACUGUUUUUCAGGGAGUGAACUCUAGUGAGACACAUGGAGAAGACAGCACUGAGGUGGAUGUAUAUGAACAUAAUGCCACUGUUUUUCAGGGAGUGAACUCUAGUGAGACACAUGUGGGAGAAGAUGACAGCAUGGAGGUGGAUGUAUAUGAACACAAUGCCACUGUUUUUCAGGGAGUGAACUCUAGUGAGACGCAUGUGGGAGAAGAUGACAGCAUGGAGGUGGAUGUAUAUGAACACAAUACCACUGUUUUUCAGGGAGUGAACUCUAGUGAGACACAUGUGGGAGAAGAUGACAGCAUGGAGGUGGAUGUAUAUGAACACAAUACCACUGUUUUUCAGGGAGUGAACUCUAGUGAGACGCAUGUGGGAGAAGAUGACAGCAUGGAGGUGGAUGUAUAUGAACACAAUACCACUGUUUUUCAGGGAGUGAACUCUUGUGAGACACAUGUGGGAGAAGAUGACAGCAUGGAGGUGGAUGUAUAUGAACACAAUACCACUGUUUUUCAGGAAGUGAACUCUAAUGAGACACAUGUGGGAGAAGAUGACAGCAUGGAGGUGGAUGUAUAUGAACACAAUGCCACUGUUUUUCAGGGAGUGAACUCUAGUGAGACACAUGAAGAAGAUGACAGCAUGGAGGUGGAUGUAUAUGAACACAAUGCCACUGUUUUUCAGGGAGUGAACUCUAGUGAGACACAUGUGGGAGAAGAUGACAGCAUGGAGGUGGAUGUAUAUGAACACAAUGCCACUGUUUUUCAGGGAGUGAACUCUAGUGAGACACAUGAAGAAGAUGACAGCAUGGAGGGAGUGAACUCUAAUGAGACACAUGUGGGAGAAGAUGACAGCAUGGAGGUGGAUGUAUAUGAACACAAUGCCACUGUUUUUCAGGGAGUGAACUCUAGUGAGACACAUGUAGGAGAAGAUGACAGCAUGGAGGUGGGUGUAUAUGAACAGAGUGCUUCUGUUUUUCAGGGAGUGAAUUCUAGUGAGACACAUGGAGAAGAUGACAGCAUGGAGGUGGAUAUAUAUGAACACAAUGCCACUGUUUUUCAGAGAGUGAACUCUAGUAAGACACAUGUAGGAGAAGAUGACAGCAUGGAGGUGGAUGUAUAUGAACAGAGUGUUUCUGUUUUUCAGGGAGUGAACUCUAAUGAGACGCAUGUGGGAGAAGAUGACAGCAUGGAAGUGGAUGUAUAUGAACAGAGUGCUUCUGUUUUUCAGGGAGUGAACUCUAGUGAGACACAUGGAGAAGAUGACAGCAUGGAGGUGGAUGUAUAUGAACACAAUGCCACUGUUUUUCAGGGAGUGAACUCUAGUAAGACACAUGUAGGAGAAGAUGACAGCAUGGAGGUGGAUGUAUAUGAACAGAGUGCUUCUGUUUUUCAGGGAGUGAACUCUAGUGAGACGCAUGUGGGAGAAGAUGACAUCAUGUAG